AUGGAGGACUACGAAAAGUUUUGUAAGAAGCAUUUUUCCAGAAUCCAAGAAGAGGCUAUAAAAAGGGAACCCUCUCGCAGUCUUCCUCACAAAAAUAGCUCGCUCAUCCAGUUCCAUGGAGUUCCUGUGCUUUCCCCUCUGCUUAGCCUUGAAAAGAAAAAGGAAAUACAGCAAGACAAACAAAAAGCGCUGGACUUAGAGAUCUGGAGACAGAACUCCAAGCAAAGAGCUUUACUGAAUCGUGUUCAGGAGAUUCUAGAAAAUGUUCAGAUCAAGAAAGCAUCUAGUGCGAGUGACUUGGACACGUGGGAGGCUGAGAAUACUUGCCUUGGUUCAGAAUCAAAAGCCCUGACUGACUUUACACCUCUGUCAGAUGUCAAUUUGUCACGUCCUCCUGUGAGGAAUGAUUCUGCAGAGCUUGAAAAGACACCAGAAAUGAUCUCAUCAAAUGCUACUGGGCAGGUGACAUCCAGUGUGACAGAAAUAGUUAAACCUGUAGAAGAAAAUUCAAAGCAGAGUGAGAGUCACUUCUCAAAAGACAUACCUUGUCCAAAGGCUGUGUCUUCUGACAACAUGAGCGGUAAACCUGCUUCACAGGCUUUGCAAAUCUCGGGGAGGCCACGGCUGCCGCUGUCUGAUGAGGAAGUCCAAGAUCCCUAUGCAAUGAGUCUUCAGAACCUUCUGAAAAAAUCUCGGGAGUACGUAGAGAAAGAACAAACCAGACGUAGCUCAAGAAGUAAUUCAAAAAGGUGUGUGAAUGAAAGUCAUUCAGAUAAAGAAAACGAUGCAGUUAAAACAACUGACACUGUGAAAGAGAGAGUAAGGCUUACAGGCAGGAGCUGUGCUGCUGCGACGCUCGAUAGGCCCAGUCUUAAUAAGUCACAUACAGUUCUCCAAGGUGCCUCUGCUCACACAAGUAACACGAGCAUGCCAACUUUAUCCAGUUUUUCUAAAGUGGACAUACCUAUGAGAGUUGGAACACCACCAUUGGUGGAUUCAGAUUCAGAUGAAGAAUUUAAAAAUACUUCUACGUUUGACCGUGACAGUAGCAUUAUCAGGAGCCUCACAGGUUCUUAUGCUAAAUUGCCAAGCCCUGAGCCAAGCAUGAGCCCGAAAAUGCACCGAAGACGCCCACGACCUUUAUCAAUGGGACACAUCGUUAUAAAUAACCCUGUGAAUGCCUAUGAGUUAAGCCCUAAAGGGAAGGGAAGAGCAAUGGACUUGAUUUUGCAAGAUAUUGCUGAUAAAAAUAAUGUGUCUGAAUCGGUGCCGAAGUUAAUGGUGGACCUUGCUGUGCUUUGCCCUGGCAAAGUUCCUGGUGUCCACAGGAAUUCUUCAGAUCCCUGUGAUGGGUUGGUGGUUGGCAAAUCAAAUCGACAUUCCUUUGGACACUUGGAGAGCAAAGGAACGUUGUCUGCUACAGUGGAAGGACAGGUAGUGCUGGAUGGCAGAGGACAGUAUAAAGUAGAGACUAGUACUAAUAUUGUAGCUCCAAAAUUGCAUGAGCCGCUCGCAGUCAGUCAGUCCGUGGUCACUCAGAAGAUCUUAGCUGUGAAUGAAGCCCAACCACCUAGUUUGGUAGAACAUACCAAAUGUAAUUCUCCAGUAGAACUCAAUAAAUCUUACGAUGUUGAAAAUCCAUCGCCACUACUAAUGCAAAGCAAGAAUAAGCGACAGCAGAUGGAUACUCCAAAUGCUCCCCUUGCAAAUGAACAAUUUCUAGAAAAUGGUUUUGAAAAGGUAAAACGUAGGCUUGAUUUGGAUACCGAAAACUCCCAGAAAGAAAACAGUCCCUGUGUGUUAGCAGUUGGAAUGGAAGAACAGGAGAAGCAGUGGUUGCAAGAACAAAAAUACCCCGUGGGAUCAAUUUAUGUUACCAAGAAUAAAAUGUUGAAGUGCCUGAUUCUUCAUAAUGUAUAUAUCUUCUCAGAAGAGAUUUUAAAAACAAAAAUGCUGGCUUUUGAAGAAAUGAGGAAGAGACUUGAAGAGCAGCAUGCACAGCAACUGUCAAUUCUGAUAGCUGAACAAGAGAGAGAACAGGAGAAGCUGCAGAAGGAAUUAGAAGAGCAGGAGAGAAAGCUGAAAGGAAAGAAUAUUGCUGCCACAGAAAUAGAAAUUUCCAAAGUGAAUAUUAACAGUAGGAUGGAGUUGGAGUGGAGAAAAAAAAGUGAAAGUGGCUUUCUGGAAAGUAUGCAGUCUCAGAUGGAAACGGUCCAUAAUGCAAACUCUACCAGCAUUGGUUUUGCUCAUACUACACCAAGCACCUUUGCUUCAACAAGUGAAACUUCAUUCUUCCUUUGGGGCCCAUCAGGUAGUGGAGUUAUAAAAACAUCAGUAUCCAGGCCAAGUAACAGGAUCAAAACUAGGUGGACUCAGGUUUUCAGUCCAGACAUACAAAUAAAGUUCAAUAAGAUCACUGCUGUGGCCAAGGGAUUUCUCACUCGUAGACUCAUGCAGACAGAAAAAUUGAAAUAUCUCAAGCAAACUGUCAAGGAUACUAUGGAGUUCAUAAAAAAUUUUCAGUCAGAAGCCCCAUUAAAAAGAGGAAGCGUUUCAGCACAGGAUGCAUCCCUCCAUGAACGAGUAAUGGCUCAGCUGAGAGCUGCUCUUUUUGACAUCCAUGACAUCUUUUUUAUAAUGGAGGCAUCUGAAAGAAUGAAUAUUCUGCGUCAUGAUCGUGAAGUUCGUAAAGAGAAGAUGCUCAGGCAAAUGGAUAAAAUAAAGAGCCCAAGAGAGAGAGCAACGCUUUCAACAGCUACGCAGAAAUCUCUGGAUAGGAAAAAGUAUAUGAAGGCUUCAGAAAUGGGAAUGCCAAGUAAAAAAAUAAUCAUAAAACAAAAAACUCCUGAAAGCCGAGUGCUUCAGCCAAAUCAAGGACAGAAUGCUCCAGUUCACAGACUGCUUUGCAGACAAGGGAGCAUAUGCAGGAAGAACCCAAAAAAGGAAGCCAAAUGUUGUGACAAUCUGAGAAGACAGCACUCACUGGGAUAAAGGCUAUUUUAUAAUGAUGGCAUUCUCAGUAUUGAUUCAAAUAUUGCCUCUCCUAUACAUAUUAUAUAUAUAUAUAGA